AUGACACCUGCACAACUGGUUGAAUAUUUAAGACGUGAAAAUUUGAGUUCGAUUGAAAGUGAUUAUGAAACCUUGAUAGGUAAAGGUAUAGAUGGAGCGUCGUUAUUUGUGUUAAUUGACAAGGACGUUAUUGAUUUAAAGCUUACGACUGGUGCAAGAAGAAAAUUUAUGAUGUUUGUUGAAAAAAUGAAGAAGAAUAAUCAACCAUCGGUACCUGAUGAAGCUGCUGUCGGGCCUGUUCCUGUGUCUUCAUCGGCAGCGUCAAGUGAUGUAAUACAAAUUAUAUUCAUGUCUUCGGUUAGUACAGAAAUCUUUAAAGUACAAGUUACAAAUGAUGCUCGUUGGCAAAAAAUAAAGGAAGAUACAAAAUUUUAUGUUGAAAAAACGUACGAAGCUUUAUGGCAUGAUCGUGGUCCGUUGCCGGCAGAUGAAAUUGCUCAGGAUUAUGCUGAUGGUCAUCAGUUGGUCACUGUUUACACGAAUUUAUUGGAUCAUGUCUAUGAUUCAUUUGAUAAAUAUCACAAGAUACAAUUUAAACCACUUGAGUCACAAGUGGUUGGAUCAAGAAAUGAUGUUACCGAUAUGUUAAUCGAUUAUUAA